AUGUCACAAGUAAAAAGUGAACAAUACGAGAAAUUACUUUUAAAAUAUAGGGAAAGAGAUCCUGAAGCUGCUAAACAGCAAGUAAUACCGAAAUCAAAACUUCGUGCUGAGGAGUACAUUCAUUUACGCGACGCCGUAAUCGGCAACGUAGAUGCAACGAAUGACAUCAACAAUAUUGGUACCGCAUAUAUUCUCCCAUCAUCAUACACUGGUAGCCCGCGUCAUAUGCAGGAAUAUAUUCAAGAUUCCAUGACUUACGUACGUGCAUACGGCCGACCUAAUCUUUUUAUCACAUUUGCGUGUAAUCCAAACUGGGAUAAAAUCAAAAGUUUACAGUUGCCAGGUCAAACAUCGAUGCACCGUCAUGAUGUCACUGCACGUGUCUUUAAACAAAAAUUAAAAUCUUUGAUGAAUUUGAUUACACAUUACUCGGUAUUUGGUGAAACGCGUUGUUGUCUUUACGCUGUUGAAUGGCAAAAACGAGGUGUACCUCAUGCGCAUAUUUUAAUUUGGUCGGUGGAUAAAAUACGCGCAGAAGAAAUUGACAAAAUUAUUUCAGCGGAAAUUCCAGAUCCGAAUGUUGAUCCAGAAUUGUUUAACAUUGUUACUACAAAUAUGAUCCAUGGUCCAUGUGGCACUCUAAACAUGAUGUCGCCAUGUAUGGAUAAUGGAAAAUGUACAAAACGUUUUCCAAAACCAUGUGAAACUGAUACUAUCACCAAUAUGGACGGUUAUCCAUCUUAUCGACGUAGAGACGUAGACAAUGGUGGUCAAUCAUAUGAAUUGCGUCUGUCAAAUGGUGUGAGAGUAGAUAUUGAUAAUCGCUGGGUAGGUCCAUAUUCGCCAUUGCUGUGCAAAACCUACAAAGCGCACAUAAACGUUGAACUAUGCAGUUCGGUGAAGUCUAUCAAAUACAUUUGUAAGUAUGUUCACAAGGGUAGUGAUAAAGCUAUAUUUGCUGUUCAAAAUGUUAACGACAAUGACAAAAUGACAAGUUAUCAAAUGGGUCGAUACAUAAGUAGCAACGAAGCUAUUUGGCGCAUUUUUACGUUCCCUAUACAUAAAAGGGAUCCUGCUGUUAUAAAUUUGGCUGUGCAUCUUGAAAACGGACAACGUGUUUACUUUACAGAAGAAACUGCACUACAACAGGCUUUGACGGCUCCAAAAACAACUCUAACUCAAUUUUUUAACCUUUGUAGUCGACAAGAUGCUGUUGGUUAA